UGAGAUGAGAGAGUGAGUGAGAGAGAAAUAAAGAGGAAGAGAGAGAAAAUGGGUAGGGGGUCGGAGAGGCUUGAGGUGGAGAUGAAGGUCUAGAUUAAGGGGCGUGGUUUUCAGCUCCUAAUACACUCACUGACCCCUUACGAUAAAGGUUUGACGACAUCUCUGUGUUCAUUUCGUCCUGAUAACCUACGCCCCUGUCCACCCAGCAGUGAAUGGGUACCAGGUAUUAAUCGGGGGUUGUGUCCCGUCUCCUGGGAUCUGUUUCCUUCUCCUAUAAUUCCUUCCCCUUCUGUCUCUCUCCGGCAUAUGACCAAAGAUGUUGCGCCGACUAAACGAAACUUUCCAACUUUUCACUUCGUCCUCGUAACCACAUCGUAAUAUAAGGUCAUCGAAGCCUUUAAUGGACAACUUCCACUGCCACAUUUCUUGUGCGUGGCAGACCAGCGACGAUGCGAACUAAGAAGACAAGGCGCUGGGUGAUGAAACGGGACGUGUGGCAAAAACGAACGCUCACGAUUGGACUGGAUUUGGCUGACGUGGGUGGUGGUAGUGGCGGUGAUGGUGGUGAGGGUGUUGGUGGUGGGAGUGUUGGUGUUUGUGGGGGUUAUAUUGCUGGUGGUGAUGGUGGUGGUGAAUGGAGAUAUGGGAUAAUUGAUAUCUAUUUAGACGACACUGACCUAGAUUUUGUCCUCUUCCUUUUCUUUAAUUAUACAUGUCUGUCUGUAUCUCUUACACACAAAAAAAAUCAUUUAUAUAUUUUUUGUGACAUUUCAGUCGCAAAGAACAGCCACACGGGGCCUGGACAUCGUAACGCAGCUGUUAACAGUUUUUUUUCCCUCUGUUGUCCUAACUUACGGGGUUUAUCGUAAUCCAAUGAGCACGGCCACAUUCCUUUGUCAGAGGUUGGGGUCGGAAUUACGGUAUUUUAGGAACAUUGAUUAAUGGCGUUCUUGGAAAAGACGGAGAUUCUUCUCAAGGGGGCUGGUGGGUUUCUUAGCCAUCUCGGUGGUGAAUCCUGAACAUGUAGGUUUAUAUGUUUGGUGUUUCGGCUGGUGCGCAGAAGUGUAGUAACAACUCGGUGGCAACUCGAGAGGAUUACGACCGUUCAAACCAGCAGCUGUCCCGCUCUCUCACUGAAUUUAAGUGAACAGAGAGAUCGCCGUUCCCGGCCCACCAUACGUUCUUUCCCCUCAAGACUACUACUCAUCACGGAUGCAACGUAAAUGAGGUUUGCUAACGUUUCUGAGGGUCACGGUAGAGUACCCAAGACUGAGUUGAUUAACAAAGAACUGUUUUGAGCCGCGGCACGUGCCGUCCGAACACAGGCUACCUACGGCACGAGCCGCACGUGUGCUGGGGCGGGGCUUCCGGCCGUUUCGGUUUCCCCAUUGGUUCAAUAUUUGGCGGGAGGGAGUUUGAUUGGGAGCCUAACGGAAGGUGGGUGGUGCAAAUGCACGCGCGUAGGUCUUUCAGCCCCGGCACGCGUAGAAGCAUUUCGUUACCGCCGCGGCAGGAGAGAUAUUGUUGUGCGCCGAAACCUUGAACGUUGACGGAUUAUUUUGAAGUGUUAAACGUCAGGCGGUGACAUACGUGAACCUGAUUGACGAGUGGUGGUGUGAGCGAGUGCUGGAAGCUGUGCCCUAGCUUACGGCGACCACGGAAGUAUGCACAAGGGAGUUCGGCAAGGUCAGUGACAGCAACCGGGCGGAGGUAGUGGUGGCUGCGGCGGCGGCGGGAGAGGAAAAAGGAUGUCGCGGGAGAUGGCGAUCAUGCAGAGGUCCAUCAAGAUGGAGAUGUCCAGCCCGGUGAAGCCUGAGGUACUGAAGCCUUCCAACACCCCCAACAUCCUCGGCACGAGCAAGGCUACCACAGUGAUGAACAAGGCGGCCAACAACAACACCCGCGGAAAGAUCAUUUCACUAUCCAUACCCAAAACAACAAACACUAUCAGCAUUAGCAAGGACACAGCGGGGAAGGCGAAUCAGAAGGCGCUCACGAACAGCCCGAAAACAGCCGUGAUCAAGUCAUCUUUUCUACCAACAAAGUCUCCCCUGAAGCCGCUCCUACCCAUCAGACCGUCUCCCAACACCAAGGUCUCUCUCUCCUCUAACCGUCUAACCUCUCACUCCCCGUCCGCCCUCGCCACCCUCGUCAGGACACCCUCCAUGGGCUCCUCUACUCUCACCUCGUCGGCCACCUCGCCCUCCUCGGUCUCCUCCCGCAGCAUCUCGCCGGUGAAGUGUCGCAGAAGGAUAAACUACUCGGACCCCGACGCCCCCAUCCCAGUGUCUAGACGAAACGCCCGUGAGAGAAACAGAGUAAAGCAGGUGUCUCAAGGCUUUGCCCUGCUGAGACAACACGUUCCUCAGGCUGCAAGGAAAAAGAAAAUGAGCAAGGUGGAAACUUUGCGCUGUGCCGUCGACUACAUUCGGGGGCUGCAGCUGCUGCUGGACAGUGACCCCCCCACCCAGAUCCCAGGACCACCCCCGGCCGCCGCCAUCCACAGCUUCCACCACCACCAGCAGCUGCAGCAACAACAAAACCAGGUGUUUCUACAGCCUCCACACGCCAUAGAGCCGCAUAUCCUGAAACUUCCAGUGGCUGACGAGACCUUCCAGUCUCCCGUAUCCCUCAGGUAUGACAGCGUCACCGGAACCUUCUUUAGGACGUCACCCAGCGACUCCGAGGGCAGCCCGUCUCCAGCGCACCCCUUCCUCCAAGACAAGCACCCUUCCGCAGCCCACACCACGCCCACCUCGUCCCUGGGCUUGGGCGCCAUAAAGACGGAAAGCAUCGAGAGCAGGUCCUAUGGGAAGGAGGAGCAGGAUCUCCUGGAGGCGCUGGCGUGGUGGCAGCACAACAUCCAGCAAUAAUGGAGGAGUCGUGAAGGGGGAUGCUGCAGGGCGGGGCUGUGAGGCAGGGAGUAGACAGGAGACAGGAGUCAUUGCUUGAUGAUAAACAUGACACUUAACAUGCAUGAAUAUUACGGUAUACUAUUUAUACUCUACAUUUUUUAAACGAACAUUUAUGCAUUUUAUUUUUAUUUUAUCGAUAAUUACAUUGCAUCGUCACGAUGUAUACUCAUGCCACUAGGACAGACCUCUGAAACAGCUACAGGCAACUUGAGUCAUUCACUUUGGAUAGGUCACUCAGCGACCUGAUUAAUUCAAACUAAAAGUCUUCAAAGUUACCCGUUGUAGCGUUCAGUGUCCCUUUGAUGUUCUCGUUGUUCUCCUCAGACCCGCUUUGAGCUUCCUCUGGGUAAGUCUUAGGGUUCUUCAGUUUCUCUCCUAUCCCUCAGUCGCUGCCUCUUCCUUAACAGGUCGCUAUUCUAGUCCAGGCUGUGUGUGUUGGUCUGUGUAUAUCAAGUCGCGCACGAAUAGCAAACGUAGGAAUCAACAAUUUGUACAUUUGCUUCCCUUCCAAAACAAACUUACUAUCCACACAGGCUGCUUCACACAUAUUCUAUGAUAUUUAUUGACCUACAAAAUGUACAUAUGGAACGCCCAUCACUUGAGGCAGAUUCUAUCCUGUAUAC